AUGCAAUUGGCGGCUGUGGCAGUGUCAAGACUACAGGGAGAGCUUGCCAAAGAUGGUAGAGAACUGCCUGCUCCACCAAAACGGCCAAGGGAAAAUUUACUUUCUUCAAAAGCUUCUGUUGUUAGAUCCUCUGAGAAAACAAGAAAUAAAAGUGCAUUGGCUCAAUUCUGUAUGGAUCUUACUGCUCGAGCUGGUGAUGGACUCAUUGAUCCAGUGAUUGGCCGUGACAGAGAAGUUCAGAGAAUUGUCCAAAUACUUUGCCGGAGGACAAAAAAUAAUCCUAUUCUUCUUGGGGAAGCUGGAGUUGGGAAAACAGCCAUUGCUGAAGGGCUGGCAAUUAAUAUUACUUUAGGAAAUGUUCCCAUUUUUCUAAUGACAAAGCGCAUUAUGUCUUUGGAUAUUGGUCUAUUAAUUGCUGGGGCAAAGGAGAGGGGAGAGUUGGAAGGACGUGUUACUGCAUUGAUAAAAGAAUUUCGUGUACUGGAGCAUUUCAUGUUCUUGGCAUUACAGUGUAUUGCAUCCACAACUAUGACCGAGUACAGGAUCCAUUUUGAAAAGGAUAAAGCACUGGCACGAAGGUUCCAGCCUGUGAUUAUUAAUGAACCAAGUCAGGAGGAUGCAGUCAGGAUACUGUUGGGUUUGCGUGAAAAAUAUGAGGCCCAUCACAAAUGUAAGUACACAUUAGAGGCCUUAAAUGCUGCAGUGCACCUUUCAGCAAGGUACAUUCCAGAUAGGCAUCUUCCAGACAAGGCUAUUGAUCUCAUUGAUGAAGCUGGAAGUAAAGCUCGUAUAGAAUCUUUCAAAAAGAGAAAGGAGCAGCAAACUUGCAUACUUUCAAAGUCACCAUAUGAUUACUGGCAAGAGAUUAGGGCUGUUCAGGCCAUGCAUGAAAUGGUCCAAGCAAGUAAUAUUAAUAUAGGUGAUGGCACUUCUAACAUUGAAGACAAUGCCAAACUUCUGGAUAGCUCUUUGCCUGGCACAUCUACUGAUGAUGAAUGUAUGGUGGUUGGACCUGGUGAAAUAGCAGCAGUUGCUUCACUUUGGUCAGGAAUUCCAGUUCAGCAGCUCACUGCUGAUGAGAGAUUGCGUCUGGUGGGUCUUGACAAGCAGCUUAGGAAAUGGGUUGUUGGCCAAGAUGAGGCAGUUUCUGCUAUUUGUCGGGCUGUUAAGAGAUCCCGGGUUGGCUUGAAGGAUCCUAGGAGGCCAAUUGCGGCAAUGCUGUUCUGUGGCCCCACUGGGGUUGGCAAAACAGAACUAACAAAGGCUUUGGCUGCUUGCUAUUUUGGUUCAGUAAGACUUUGCAUAUAUCAUUUCUUUAAAAUUUAA